UGGACAGUUGUCUAAAAUAUGGCCGACAAUAGUUAAUUUAUUCGUCAAUUUUGUGCAUAAAAAAUGGUCAUGAUUAUCCUGGCCUAUCAACCAGCCAGAGAACUGUCAGUAGACUGGUGAAGGGGGACUAAUUUCAAACCAAGGGCAGUUUGGAGGCAGAAUUGAGAAUACAUACAGUAGCUUGUGUAUGUGGGAAGUGCAGUCAUGUCAGCUUCUGAAGAAUCUUGCUUCUCUGGUGGAGCAAGACCCAAAACAACCUUAGCAGUUGGAAAGAAAGAUAAAAAGAAAACAGACUAUCUAAAAAAUGAACCAAAUAAUUCAAAACUCCACGAAUAUUUAGAAAGCAAACCUGAAAGAGACAGUGUACAAAUUGUGAAUCGACAGAGAGACACAUCUGGAGAUAAUGGAGAUGGUAUCAGUGUAAUUAAACCAUUAUGGAACAAAUCUUAUCAAGAUUCUGUGCCCUCCUAUAGUAGAAUAAUGAAUUAUAAUUGUGGAACUGAUUCAGAUUUCAGUACAAACAGCAUUAAUCUCUUUAGAACUAAACAACCCUGUUUGCAACCUAUAGUGACUUCUUCGCGAGUUAAUAAUGCUGAUAGCAUUAUGACUGGUUCUCUUCAUAAUCUGAGUUUAGAAACACAAAGUGAAGUAAAUAUUGCUGAGAAUAACCACUUGCAAAACUGUAAUGGCGCCUCUGAUAUUUUACAUGAAGAACUUGGUUCCUCAAGAGCUUAUGAGACCAUGUCACCUCAAUCAUGUAGUAAUACGAAUAGUAGUGCUGCAUGUAAUAUUUGUAAAGCAGAUAACCCAGAGGCCUUAGUAAAGUGGAAAACUGCUGGGUUAGCCUUAAGACAACUUCUCUUAAAGAAAUCAAAUAAAGACAGUACACCAUCAAAACAAUUAACCCACUCUCAAUCUCAUAAACAUCAUCAAAAAUCAGAUCACACCAGUUGUUGGUUACAAAGACUUAAAGAUUUUGAUGAAUAUGAUGAAGAAUAUUUUAGUUGUUGUACUUGUGAUGAUGCAGAGGAUGCAACAUUAACAAAAACUGGUUCUUCUUCAAGUUUAGCAUCACUUGACUCCGAACAAAUGUUAAAAUUACCAAAUGAUAUGAGGGGAGAUAUGUUAGAAAAUGAAAAGGUUUGUUGUAACUGUGAUAACAAUAGAAAAGAAUCUAGUUUAAGCUUUAACAUGGUUGAAUCACCCAUACCUGAGGUGCCAUUAUUUUCUGAUGGUGAUUCUCAGUCACCAAAAGAAACAAACCAACAAACACAAGCUGUUAGUAGUUCAAAUCUUGCUAGUACACCAGGCACAACCCCUUUAACUAACACAAUUUGUAACUCUAUUGUUUGGGAAAUGCUACAAAAACCCUACACAGUGGCAUUUAAUGACAGUAGUGUAGAAAAUACUGCAAAAAAUCAAAAGAACAAAACCAAGUUUGGUUCAUCUCCAAAUACCUGUGAUACUUUUCCGUGCAAUGCUUUCAAUUCAGAAAAUGAAUUAGACAAUACGCGUUCAGCUCCCGCGUCAAAUUUGCUAAUAGAAUUCCCACGAUCACAUUCAUCAUUAAUGUCCUUUUAUAGAAAUAGACCUGUUCUGUCACAGCUGAGUUCAAGUUUUCAUUCUGAACCAGAAAAAAAUGAAAGUCGUUCAAGCUUGCAAUUUCAGAAAAUGAUACAUUCAGACUACCGUGGGCAGCCUUUUUCAUGUCAGGUUACAAAUGUACAUGGAACUAUAAAUGCUAUUGAAUUCAAUGAGGAGGCAAAAUCAAAAUCAAACUCUUGUGGUGAUUUUGAAGUGUUGGAAUAUGAUAAUUCUAAAUUAGACAUUAAGAAAUCAAAAGAUUGCUCAAUUAAUGUACAAGAUGAAUAUGAAGCUGGUUAUCAAUUAAAAGUUUCUAGUCCAGAGUUUACUAGUCUCCAUUAUUCAGACAAUUCACAAACUCACCACAAUGACCACAGCCCGUGCUGUCAUCACAGAUCUUCUUUAUUGCAGCCAUUGUUAGAAUCCUUGACAGCGUCAAAUUCAUGUACAUGCAACACCUCUUCACAUAAUGGCUCUGACAUUCUUGCAAGCUGCAGCAAUUGUGAUACAUCUACCAGUAGCAAAUUUGCAAGCAUUCCUUUAAAUUCUUCAAAAAGUACUAACAGUAUUAAUAAAAACUGUGCAAUGUGCCAUUAUAAUACAACAGCAGUGGACUCUUCUAAUUCAUCAGUAUUAAGUAGUGAAAAUCAGAUUAAUAUGAAUCAUGAAAAUAUCUCUUGCAACAAUUCAAAUAAUACUGUGGGUGGUAGGUUACUAGAAACAGAAUCUGAAGUGACAGACUAUAGUUCGGUGUAUGCAGACACGAGUGGUGAAAUAUUUUUCAGCGAAGGAACCGACAGUUCAGAUUUACCCUCUAAAUUUUUGCGACUUAAUCCCACUAAGAAAGACGAUGGAGAGUAUUGUGUCAAAUCUGCAAUUAGAGAAAAGAAAAAGAAAGUUCUACAUACUCGUAAGUCUCACAGACGAUCAGGUUCUACUUCAAGUGAUGUAGAGGAAAAUGAUAAGCCAGAUGAAAACAAAGGCUGUCCAACCAUAAAUGAUGAGAUAAGCCUAAACGAUGAAGCCAGUUACAUGUAUAGAAAUAAUUUUAUGUUGACAGAAAUUCUUCACCCCUCAACACCACUAGCUCGCUUUCUAAAAAGUCAUACAUGUAUUCCUAAUGAGGCACAGAACUCUACACUUCCAUGGGAAAAUAUAGAAGAUGGCCUAAGUGUUGAAAGUUGUGCUGAUGGUGAUUCUGUCUCAGGAUUCUCAAAUGGUAGCACUAUCCCUAGAAAACAUUCCUGGGUUAAUUUUGGUAGCUUAGAUGAACAAAAUGGGCAAUCAACUGAGGUCGAGGGUAAAGAAAAUGCCCAUAAGAUGCGAAAAAGCGAGAGUGCAGAUUUAGAUGGACGGAAAUCAAAUCAGGAUCGCCCCUCAACAGCACUCCGUAAACUUCUCAACAUGGAAAUCAACACAGAAUUAAAGGGAGAUAAUUCUCAGUAUUCACCAGAAACAUGGAUUCGACUUGUUGAUCAGAUCUCAUUACCGUUUGAAUGUACAGAAGAAGAUGGAACUGAUAUGGUUAAUGAUACCACACUGGUUGAUUCAACUGAAAAGUCUAAUGAAUUUGCUGAUCUGUGUUUACCUAACUAUGAAAGUUCUACCAGCUGUGAUGCUGAUGAUGAGUUUGAAUGUGAUUGUGAACAUUGUCAAUUAUUGAAGAGUAUGGGGAAUACAGAUGAUGUAACAGCGACGACGGAAACUACUGUAACCAGUAACACAACAACACAAAAUUAUUACACUUGGCCUGACUUUUUAGAAGAUGACACAAGUUUAGAUUUAGAUUUAUCCGAACUAAGACCAUUAGAACCAUUGUUGAUGAACUUGCAAGAUAUACCUCAAGAUCUUAUAGAUAUUAUGUUUCAGAAUGUUAUUAUGCAGAUGUUAGCUGUACACCCUGAGUUAAUGGGUGAUCAGGCACCCCCUCCUGUUCCACAUGAUGUUAUAGAAGGUCUUCCUAUAGUUUUAACAACUCAAUUACAAAUUGAUCAAGAAUUGAGUUGUCCUAUAUGUUUAUGUCCUUGUCAGCUAAAUGAAAGUCUAACCAGAUUGUGUUGUCAACAUUUAUACCAUCCAUUGUGUAUCCAGGCGUGGUUAACUAAGUCAGGAACUUGUCCAGUAUGUAGGUGUGCAAUAAAUGGCAACUCGGCUAAAUAACAGAAAAUUUAAACACAUUGGGUAGCUAAAAAUGGUGGAUCAACACAUUAAAGAAUUUGUUUUGUUUAUGAUAUUAGAAAUAUAACAUAACAUAAUAUGCAUGUUUUAUAUUCAUAAUCAGGAGAUCUACAACUAUGAAUAACAUUGUAUUUCGUAUUUUACUCUAUGCAUAUAUACAAAACACUACACCGCGAAAAUAACUUCUUUAACCAUAUGCUAACGUAUAUCCUGUUGAAGAAGGAGAGAGAUAAAAUUGGUUAGUUUUCUUGUCAGAACAAUAUUACACAAAUGAAAUGAUUAUCAUGGUGUUUGGUAAACACACAGUUAAUAAAACCUAUAUCUGAUCUGUGUACAAACAUUGUGUAGGAUGUCUGGGUGACAGAAUUCUUUUCCAGUUGUCUGUAGGAUAACAUAAUAUGUCAAAUGGAGGGAGCAUCAUUAGCUUUCAGGAAAUCUUUUGUAUUAGGUACAUACAUAGAAUGAUUUCAUGGUUUAAUGAUGUAUAUUUAGUUAAAAAAGGAUAGACAGUUUAUGAUUAAUUAUAAAGUUAGUUUUGCGGUGUAAUGUAUAUUAACAGUUAUUUAAUCUGAUGUUGUCAUAUUGUGUUAUACUCAAGGUUAAAUCUCUAUUGUUAUUUAUAUUGAUGUUAUAUUUGUUUUAUUCUUUAGUUACAGACAUAUCACUUCAAAAAAUAUUAAAUAGUUCUUAAUAUAUGAAUCAUAUGGGUAUGUACUGUGCAUAAAUCAUACAGCUGUUUAAAUUCACACGCAAAAGAAUCCCAUUGAAUAUAUUUCUGUGAAGUUUGUCUUCCUAACUAUAUCCCUAUCAGUUGGAGAAUAUAUCCCCAACUAUUAGAAAACUGUAGUUGCUAUGGAACAGAAUUUCUUUGUUGGAGAAGUCUUAUAUAUACCUAUUAUAAAUCUCCAUGAUAAUUUAAGAUAUGCUACGUACUGACUGUAAACUUUAACCUUGUGUUUCCAGAGUGCAGUCAGUUAUACUUGGAAAAAUCUUCUGAUUGACAGAACAGUAUGGCUUUAUUCACUGUGUGUUUAUUAGUUACUCUCAUCCUAUAAUAUUAGAGGGGUGAGGGGUCGGUCAUUGAGUCAAGUGCCAAGCUUGUAUGUGACAAGAAUAUGGCUGCCUGCCCCAACUUGUGGGUUUUCUACAGUUUCUACUAACUGUUAUAGUCUAUAGACCCCUACAUGCAAGAUAUAUAUUAUUGACAUAAAGGUGUACUGUAUGUUAGUCCCAAAAUGACCUACAUUUUCUGUUCCUAUGAAAUGUCAUAGUUUCAGUUUAAAAAUAGUUUUGAGAAUGUAAUAGAUGACUAAUUAAUCCCAAAGGAAUAGAUCUUUAAAGAGUUUCUGUCUGUCUCUUAGUGGUUUUAACAUCUGCUUCCACAAUUUACAAAGCUUUAGACUGCAUCUAAAAGGUCUUCAUCUUGAACAGUGUGUGUAACAAGUCAUCAGAAACACCAUCAUGGAUGAACAGGCGGAAGCAAGCUGUGUCUACAUAUAACUUUUCUCUCUUUUCAUUAAAGCCCCAAUAUUCUACAAGGCAAACAAUACAGAUGCUCAGAUCAUUCAAAAUAAAAAGUAGUUUUAACUAAAAGCAUAUUCAUAAUAUUACUAAAAUCAAUCAAUGGCCUUCUGAACUUCCCAUCUAUUAUUGUAGAUUUUAUAUUGCCAUCUUAUUCUUGUGAAAGAUAAAUAAUUUCAAUCCACAAUCCAGGUGCUCAAGAUAUUAUCCGACCUAGGUUUUUUGUUGUAUUUGACUAAAUACGAUCUUAAGAAUACUUUUUAGCCCUUAUUUUUGUUAAAUUUAAAUAAGGAAAAUGAUUAUUCUACAACUUUAAGGUAAAAAAUAACAUGGACUACAUGCAUAUUGUUCAGCUGAAUAUAUCUUAUACUUUGCUUUAAUUAAGAACGGGUAUAUUACCACUGAUAUUAAAUGUUGGCUGUAUUUGUUACUCUUAUUAAACAUACAUUAUCCAAGAGCUAAAUCUGCCUAUUGCAGGUCUUUCUUUAGGCCUGAAAUGUUAUCUAAAUUAUUAAUUAGACAUUAAUUAUAACUGAUCCUGGUCAUAAUCUACUUUAGAUUAGAACGGUUCAGCCAUAUUUUGAUUUAAUCUAAAAAUGGAGGAGCAAGACUGAGCUUCCAACAACCAGUAUGGUGGUUAAAAUUAUUGCACACGUCUUGUCAAACCUUCAAAGGCCAAUAUCUUCACUGCAAUAGAGUAAUUUGAAUGAAAUUUUCAAAUUAUUCAUUUUACAUUAUAUGCUUUCGAACUGUUAUAGCAAGAAUUGCUAGCUCUUUAUCUAAGUCUUACAUAAUGUAUCUUUAAUCUACCACCAGUAGUAAAGUAGAAGUUCAUGAUAUAUAUGUGAACAUGAGUUUCAUGUAGAAAUCACUGUACAGUAUAUAACACGCUAAAUGCCAUAUGAUCAAUGUUUUAAAGUACUCAUUGUGCUUUUUAAAUGUAUAUCCAUCCCAAAUAAAGCUCAUCAAAG